UUCAGACAUACUACCUGAUUGAGCUGAAUGCAUACACACUCUUUCCUUUGGCAAACGUCAAUUCCCUGAGUCAAUCAAACACAGAAAAACAAAACAAGAAAGAUAUCAUCAUGGAGCCAGAAAUUCAGAACAAAAUCGAAGAAACAGUUUUGGAAGUACUAAAAAACUCCAACAUGGACGAAACCACAGAGUACAAGGUCCGAAAAUUGGCAUCGGAAAAGCUCGGAAUUGACCUCUCCCAGCCGGAUCACAGGAGAUUUGUAAGGCAAGUGGUCGAUUCGUAUCUCAACGCACUGGAGUCCAAAGAAGAAGAACAGCCGCCAGAGGAAGAAGAAGAACAAGAACAAGAAGAAGAUGGGAAGCGGAAGGGAGUUGAUCAGAAAGAGUACGAGUAUGAUGAUGAGGGUGAUCUCAUUAUUUGUCGACUAACAAAGAAUAGAAGGGUGACAGUUACUGAUUUUAGAGGAAAGACAUUGGUGUCAAUAAGGGAGUACUACAGAAAAGAGGGCAAGGAGCUUCCUACAUCUAAAGGAAUUAGCUUGACAGCUGAGCAAUGGUCUUCCUUCAAGAAGAAUGUACCUGCCAUAGAAAAAGCCAUAAGGAAAAUGGAGUCAAGGUUGAACUGAGUAUUGCUUGCAGUUCAGAUGCUGAGGCUAAGCAAUAUGACCAUGUGAGCUUUUGAACAUCGUACUUCAUGUAGUAAUGUAAUAUGGCUGUCUUUUGCUUUUUUGAAGCCGGAAAACUUUCGCUAGACGUUUUAUCCAUGUGGUUUUCGUCAAUGCAAUGUUAAAGUGCAGAGCCAAUUUAGAUGCUCAGCAACUGGUUAAUGAAGCAUAUAUUACUACUUGGGGUGAUACAAAUAAAUUUGUUUGAAUCAUGUGAAUUUAGCUGGUUUUCCUUAGACAUUUGUGGAGUGAGCAUUUUGUAUACACUACUUAUGUCACGAGUAUCGU